CUCUUCUUUCCUUACUUUCUUUCUUUUCUCUAUCUGUCUCUACUUGUGUUUGUGCGCUUUGCCUUUCUUUAUACACAAGCAUAUCAUGGCUCUUUUGAACAGCGAUUGUCCUGACUUGAAACUGGUGGCGCGUGGCAAAGUGCGCGAUUUAUACGAAGUCGACGAUAACUCGCUUUUAUUUGUUGCAACCGACCGUAUCAGUGCUUUCGACGUCAUCAUGGACAAUGCUAUUCCCGGUAAAGGCAAGAUCUUGACCCAGGUUUCGCUUUUCUGGUUCGAUUUGUUGAAGGAUGUGUUGCCGAACCAUUUGAUUACGGCCGAUUUCGAAAAAAUGCCGGAGAAGGUGCAGAAAUACAAAAACCAAUUGGAGGGACGAUCGAUUUUGGUCAAGAAGAUGCGUGUACUUCCGAUUGAAGCCAUUGUGCGUGGCUAUAUUACUGGUUCUGGUUGGGCCGAGUACAAAAAGAAAGGCACCAUUUGCGAUAUCGAAUUACCCAAGGGUUUAGUCGAAAGCCAAAAAUUGCCCGAAGUCUUAUUCACUCCCAGCACCAAAGCUGAAAUUGGCGAUCACGAUGAGAACAUUCAUCCAUCCAAGAUGGUGGAGAUUCUCGGGGACAAGGCCUUGGCGGAUAAAAUCACGCAAUCGGCGAUUGCUUUAUAUACCAAAGCCAGCGAGUAUGCCGCCCAGCGAGGAAUUAUCAUUGCGGAUACCAAAUUUGAAUUUGGUUUAGACAAUCAAGGCAAUCUCGUCUUGGUAGAUGAAGUCCUGACACCUGAUUCUUCCCGUUUCUGGCCCGCUAGCAAGUAUCAACCUGGACAGACUCAGGAAAGCUUUGACAAGCAGUUCUUACGUAACUACCUUGAAUCCAUUGGUUUUGAUAAGAAGUCCAGCAUCAAACUUCCCGAUGAGGUCGUGAACAACACUCUGGAAAAGUACAAGGAGGCUUAUGCACUUUUGGUCGGAAAGGAAGUAUCAUUGUAAUUGUUUUAUAUGUACAUGAUUUGUCGAUAAAUGCACCUAAAAAGAAAAAAAGGAAAAAAUAGAAAUCAUUGUCACCAUUUUUUUUUUUUUUCAUCAACCCGAACCAACACGUGCU